CCCCCGCGGCAGUACGUGGCCUUCGCCUCUCUCUUCUUCAUCCUCAUCUCCAUCACCACCUUCUGCCUGGAGACGCACGAGGCCUUCAACCGCGUCAUCAACAAGACCGAGACGGUGACCACGGGCAACGGGACGGGCACGCAGGUGGCCGUGGAGGUGGAGACCGAGCCCUUCCUCACCUACGUGGAGGGCCUGUGCGUGGUGUGGUUCACCUUCGAGUUCCUCAUGCGCGUCAGCUUCUGCCCGGACAAGCGCGACUUCGUCAAGAGCAGCCUCAACAUCAUCGACUUCGUGGCCAUCCUGCCCUUCUACCUGGAGGUGGGGCUGCGCGGCCUCUCCUCCAAGGCGGCCAAGGACGUGCUGGGCUUCCUGCGCGUCGUCCGCUUCGUCCGCAUCCUGCGCAUCUUCAAGCUGACGCGGCACUUCGUGGGGCUGCGCGUGCUGGGCCACACGCUGCGCGCCAGCACCAACGAGUUCCUGCUGCUCGUCAUCUUCCUCGCCCUGGGCGUGCUCAUCUUCGCCACCAUGAUCUACUACGCCGAGCGCAUCGGCGCUGACCCCGACGACGUCACCGGCUCGCGCCACACCUACUUCAAGAACAUCCCCAUCGGCUUCUGGUGGGCCGUGGUGACCAUGACCACGCUGGGCUACGGCGACAUGUACCCCAUGACGUGGUCGGGCAUGCUGGUGGGCGCCCUGUGCGCGCUGGCCGGCGUGCUCACCAUCGCCAUGCCCGUGCCCGUCAUCGUCAACAACUUCGGCAUGUACUACUCGCUGGCCAUGGCCAAGCAGAAGCUGCCCAAGAAGAAGAACAAACACAUCCCCCGGCCCCCCCAGCCCGGCUCUCCCGGUUACGGCUCCUCUCCGGGAUCGUCGGGGCCCAACGCCCCCGGCAGCCCCCGGGGCGCGCGGCGCCCGCCCGCCUGCCCGCUGGCCCAGGAGGAGGUGGUGGAGAUCAACCGGGCCGAGUCGCGGCCCAACGGCGAGGCGGGGCGGGCGGCGCUGGCGCAGGAGGAUUGCCCCCCCAUCGACCAGCCGCUGUCCCCCGAGGAGCGCGGGGGGGCCCCCCAAAACGCGGCCGGGGGGGGCCGCGAGCGCUGCGGCCGCGACAGAGCCUGCUUCCUGCUGGGGCCCGACUACGCGCCCCCCCCCGAGGGACCCCUGCGCAAAGCGCUCGUCACCGCCUGAGACCCCCGACGGCGCCGCAGG